AUGCAUCGAAGGCACACAACCCUUCGGGAGAAGGGCCGGAGGCAGGCCAUCCGGGGCCCAGCCUACAUGUUCAAUGAGAAAGGCACCAGCCUGACUGCAGAAGAGGAACGCUUUCUUGAUUCUGCAGAAUAUGGCAACAUUCCUGUUGUGCGAAAAAUGCUGGAGGAAUCCAAAACAUUGAACUUUAAUUGUGUCGAUUACAUGGGACAAAACGCCCUACAGUUAGCUGUAGGCAAUGAGCAUCUGGAAGUGACAGAGCUCCUCCUCAAAAAGGAGAAUCUCGCUCGAGUUGGAGAUGCGCUUUUGUUAGCCAUCAGUAAAGGAUAUGUGCGCAUCGUAGAAGCAAUAUUGAACCAUCCAGCCUUUGCACAGGGACAGCGUCUCACACUCAGCCCCCUUGAGCAGGAACUGAGAGAUGAUGAUUUUUAUGCCUACGAUGAGGAUGGAACACGGUUCUCCCAUGACAUAACCCCUAUCAUACUUGCUGCCCACUGCCAGGAGUAUGAAAUUGUUCACAUCUUGCUUCUAAAAGGCGCACGGAUUGAAAGGCCACACGACUAUUUUUGCAAGUGCAAUGAAUGUAUUGAGAAGCAGAAGAAAGAUUCUUUUAGUCACUCUCGAUCGAGAAUGAAUGCCUACAAAGGAUUAGCCAGUGCUGCUUAUUUGUCUCUUUCCAGUGAAGACCCUGUCCUUACUGCUUUAGAGCUAAGCAAUGAAUUGGCCAGACUAGCCAACAUUGAAACUGAAUUUAAGAAUGACUAUAGGAAGCUAUCUAUGCAAUGCAAGGACUUUGUUGUGGGGGUGCUGGACCUGUGCAGAGACACCGAAGAAGUAGAGGCUAUUCUGAACGGAGAUGUGAACAUACAUCUGUGCCCCGAGCACCACCGGCCAAGUCUGAGCAGGAUUAAACUUGCUAUUAAAUACGAGGUCAAAAAG